CUCAGCGAUGACCAGGCACAUUCUGUCGAAUACACCGAAGAAAACUGCAUCAAAAUGUCUGGACGCGGGAAGGGUGUCGGUAAGACCAGAGCGAAGGCCAAGAGCCGUUCAUCCCGGGCCGGUCUUCAGUUCCCGGUUGGACGUGUCCACAGACAUCUGAGGAAGGGCAACUAUGCUCACCGCGUCGGUGCCGGGGCUCCGGUGUACCUAGCGGCGGUGCUCGAGUAUCUGACCGCUGAAAUCUUGGAGCUGGCUGGCAACGCUGCUCGCGACAACAAAAAGACCCGGAUCAUCCCCCGCCAUUUGCAGCUGGCCGUCCGCAACGACGAGGAGCUCAACAAACUGCUGGGCGGAGUGACCAUCGCUCAGGGCGGCGUGCUGCCCAACAUCCAGGCCGUCCUGCUGCCCAAAAAGACCGAGAAGGCCGCCAAGAAGUAAACACCCGGAAACGACUUAAACCACAAUAACACAACGGCUCUUUUAAGAGCCACACACCUCAAACUAAAGACUGUUCCCUUACUGCGUUUGAACAAUAUUACUCUUUUACUAGUUGUGUUUAUAGCAGGGAUGUAUCGAGAUAUUUAGCUUUUAAGAGAUCAUUUUGUGGUUCCGGAAGUACAAAUGCCUUUAUUUAAUAAGCUCACUAUCCAUAAUGCCUAAACCGCCCAAGGUAUACUUACAACCUUCCUAUAUACUGUCUAUGCGUACAACGAGGCACGACAUUCUUCACAGCUUCAUGCUCCUGCAGAAGCCGUCAGUCCGUGUUAAGUCUAUGGUGUUAAGUCUUUUGUUUCAGGGGAGAAAAAAUACUACACUACCCAGAAUCCUAAACGUGAAAGCUGCACCUCUGAUUGGUGUAGCUCACGGUUACCCAACCGGUGAACUAACUGCUAGUGCUGAUGCCAUUGAGGCCUUAUUGGUUUAUGUACAGUCUCUUUGCAUUUUUGCUGUUCUGAAAAUGUUCUUCUGCGCCCAAUCAAAUGUUUAUGUUCACGAUUCACUGUCAAUGGAGCAAUGGAAUGGGGGGGAACCAGUUUCCGGAGCCGGUCACAAAGUGGGCGGUCACUUUAUUUGUAUUUUUGUCUGUAGGCCUACUGUUUCCUUGUACCACUGCAACACCAGAAAUUCCCUUCUGGCGAUAAAUAAAGGAUUGUUUAUCUACA